AUGGCGCUCUAUUCUACGGGUGUUGCGGCCACCGCACUUGGUGUUGUCGGUGCUUAUAUGCUAUUUCACGGCGAAGGCGAAGCAUUCAAUGUCGGUCAAUUUUUAGAGACAGUAUCACCAUACACAUGGGCGAAUAUCGGAAUAGCUAUGUGUAUAGGUCUUUCGGUAGUCGGAGCGGCAUGGGGCAUCUUCCUCACCGGUUCAUCCAUCCUCGGCGGUGGUGUCAAGGCACCCCGGAUACGAACAAAAAACUUGAUCUCUAUCAUUUUCUGUGAAGUCGUCGCCAUCUACGGCGUUAUCAUGGCCAUCGUCUUCUCGUCAAAGCUCAACUUUGUGGAUCCGGUGAAUGUAUAUUCUGGCAGCAAUAUGUAUACUGGAUUCUCCUUGUUUUGGGGUGGAAUUACCGUGGGUGCCUGCAACUUGAUUUGCGGUAUCUCUGUUGGUAUCAAUGGAAGUGGUGCUGCUUUGGCUGAUGCUGCUGAUCCCAGCUUGUUCGUCAAAAUUCUCGUCAUUGAAAUCUUCAGCUCCGUCCUCGGUCUUUUCGGCUUGAUCAUUGGUCUUUUGGUCUCUGGACGAGCCAAUGAAUUCAAAUGA